AUGAACUGGGGCUAUGUUAAGGAUAAGGGACACUCGAUACCUAUCUCGCGGAAGCUUGGUCGGACCCGUUUGCGAAGGAUUUCCCGGCAAUGUGUGAUUCAUCUAUCCUCGCAAAUUGGCUCAAGGAACAUAAGUUUGCAAAGUUACAAAUUAGAGAAAAGGGCAAGGGGGAAGGGGCGAAAGAAAUAG